AUGGCGUACGGCAAGACUUGGAUCUUUGUCUACAACCUGGUGCAGUUUGGUGGCUGGUCCUGGAUAUUCCUCGAACUUUGUUUGUGUUCUUUCCAGUUUUUGGAAGAAAAGUGCUUCGCUGGGGGCUUGGCGGGCAGUACAGAGGCCCUUUUCCAACCCGCAAAACUGCGCUGUGCCGCGUACGUACUCGUCGGUUGGUGGGCACCGCCGCCCCUGCGUGCUUUCCUAGGAUUCGCUAACUCGAACUGGCAGCGAUUCGAGUUCCAGGUUUUGAGGUCCACGCUCAAACCCCUGCUAGUGUUUCAGACGCUAACGCUGCUCGAGCUCGUGCACACAGUGCUCGGCUGGGUUCGAGCUUCGCUUGCCACGACUGCGUUGCAGAUCUGCUCUCGACUCUUUGUCCUGUGGUUUAUCGUCGCAAGCUUUGCCUCGAAGUAUGAAGAAUGCAUCAAUACCGGGUAUUUAGCGCUGCUCUCAGCUUGGUCUGCUACGGAGGUUGUGCGCUAUGCAUAUUUCACUGUGCUAUCUUACGGAAACAUGGCCAGCCGUGGACUGCUCUCUGUUCACGAAGUCGUGCCUCGUUGGCUUACAUGGCUUCGGUAUUCGCUGUUCUUGGUUUUGUAUCCAAUAGGGGUUAGCGCCGAAAUUUGGCUAGUGCUUGGUGCACUACCUUGGAUUCGCGAAACGAACUUUUUGCGUGUUAGGAUGCCCAAUACCUUUAACUUCGCCUUCGACUUUUCGAUCUUUUGUGCGAUAGCGUUACUGGGAUACAUCCCCGGAUUGCCGUUUUUGUAUGGGCAUAUGCUAAAGCAAAGAAAACGGCAUUUGGCUGCAGCAAGGCGACACGCAACCAUAACAGACUCGCCGGCACAGACGACAGAAAGGCCGGCUCAUAGAGCCAAACUAGACUGA